UUUACUGUUUAAACUGUUCAGACUGCCUAUUCAUGUUAAUGGCUACUUAUCCAAAAGACACACUGGGUGCAUAGUACUUCAGAUGUUAUCAUGAAGCAGCAGAAGUACUUCUAUGGCUACUUAUUCAAACACUGCACACAUAUGCAAAGCAUAGAUGAGGAGAGUGAAAGAGGCCUUUGCCACGGAAGAGUGCAAUGACAGUUUCAACAAAACCAGUCAGAUGCUGGUGGUCGGGUCCUGCCAGGAGGACUGGGACAUGUUACUGAGCUGUGUGAAACAAAGCUCUUCAAGUGAGCAGAAAGGGCCUUGUGGAGACUAUGAUGUUACCCUGGCAGUGGCGGACAGGGAGCUGACCCUAUGCAGCACAAAGGGCCUUCUCAACCCUGAGCUGAAGGAUGAGGAAAUCAUUGCUGAAUUGGACUCAUUCACCAGUUUGGCUUUGGAGGGCGGACUGCAGGCCUUCCUGCUGGUCCUCCGCGGGGAGGCCUUCGGUCCGAAGGAGCGGCGUGCAGUGGACGUCUUGCGGAUCGCCUUUGGGGAUGCAGCCUUCAGCCUCCUCCUGGUGAUCUCCCUGAGAACAUCUGCAUCUUCCGCCCUCGCCCAGGAGUUUGAGGAAGGUCUGCUGGAGCUGGUCGACAUCUGCGACGGGCGCUUCUGCCGGCUCAGCAGCAACGCUGACGUGGCAAGGAAGUCCUCUGACCAGGCGGAGGCGCUGCUGGCCAUGGCUGACUACGCGCUGUCGCAGAGCGGCCUGCAGGAGGGCUACACGGCCGACAUGUACGGCGUGGCGCGGCACCAGCGCACGCAGGACGUCGCCAUCGCCAUGCUGAAGGAGAAACUGUCCGAGGCCGCGGCGAAGGAGACGGAGGCGACAGAGCGACUGCGGCAGCAUGACGAGGUGCGAGCGAAGGAGGUUGAGGAGCUGAAGAGGAGGCAUGCGGAGGAGAGAGAGAGGGAGGAGGCUGAGAAGAAGGAGUGGGAGGCCAGAAAAGAGAGCUGUGCUGAAGCAGUUAGGGGAUAUAAGAGUCUUUUAGACAAAUCUGGGAACAACACUGCAUCAGUUAAGAGUGGAGAGAAAGGUCAGACUACAAUCGUCUUGUUGGGUCUGUCUGGCAGUGGCAAGACCUCGGCAGCAGACACUAUCCUGACCAGGGCAACAAGCCGAUUCCCGACCAACCGACUGAGAGAAGAGAGCCGGGGCGGCACAGAGUGCUGUGAACGCAGGGAGAUCUGUGUGGACGGACACCGUCUGGUCGUUGUGGAUACUCCGGAACUCUGGGACGAAGAUGACAUGGAGAGGUUGAAUGAUGUGAGAGACUGCCUGGCACUGUCUCUGCCUGGGCCACAUGCCUUUGUGUUAGUUAUGCAGGUGGGACGUUUCACUCAGGGUGAGAGUCAGCUCCUCACAUAUAUCCAGCAGACAUUCGGUGGUGAUAUCGUUGAAUAUCUUCUCAUCCUCUUCACCCGUGACGACCCCCACGGCAACUUGGGGACCGUGGGCAACAUCGACAGCUAUUUGGCCAACGCGCACCCAUCGCUGCAGGAGAUGGUGCGUCUCUGCGGCAGCCGCUACCAUGUGCUGAACCACGGAAGCCUCCGGAACCCCGUGAGCCACGCCCAGGUGCGGGACCUGCUGGGAGGGGUCCGCAAGCUGGCCGCCUCCCACGGAGGGAGGCCAUAUGUCUGUCCUCGCUUCAGCAACCAGGAGCUGGAGGAGAGGAGGAAAGAGCUGGAGGAGGAGAAAAAGAGAUAGAGGCAGGAGAGAAGAGAAAGAG